AGGGCCUAGAUUUUGUUUUUUCUCACUACCAGGCACGCGACGAUUUACUCGGUUUUUUGGUAAACAUGACAACUGUAUACACAUGUAUUGGACAGUGUGGCAACCAACUAGGACAACAGUUCUUUAAAACUGUUAUUAAUAAUGGGGAACAAAGGUCACCUUUUGUUUGUCGAGAUGAUAAGAUUCGUUCAUUGAAUGUGGAUAGCGAGACAAAAGUUUUAAGACAUUUGACCAAGGAUACGAAAAAAAGUCUGCUAAGAGAAGAUAAUGUUGUUUGUGGAAGAAAAGGAAGAGGUGCAAAUUGGGCAUUUGGUUACCAUGGAUUGCGAAAUGAUGAGGAGAAGCUGCUUGACUCUUGCUUGGACGCUUUCAGGAAAGAGGUUGAAAGAUGCGACUGUUAUAAUGGUACCGUCAUGAUGCAUAGCCUGUGUGGGGGUACAGGCUCAGGUUUUGGGUCUCGUUUGUGUGAAGCCAUCCGUGAUGAUUAUCCAAUGGCAUACAUUCAGUCUGUUGUUGUUGCCCCGUUCCAAACUGGAGAAAGCCCUCUACAAAACUACAAUGCAACACUGUGUAUGGCUUGGCUGCAAAGGUAUUCGGAUAGUGUAUUCUUGUACUAUAAUGAAGAGAUGCUGCAUCGCCUCUCAGGGUUAAAUGUCUCGAAGCAGGUCCGAGACGAGGCAAAGGUCACGAUAAACGACAUCAAUCAACACAUUGCUGAGAGUCUGGCUGGAUUAUACAAGCCCGUUAUGUCAACUGGGGGAGUAUCUAAUGGGAAUGAACCAUGGGAAGUGCUGCAAUCCGUUUGUCCAAUGCCAUCACAUAAGUUUGCACAUGUGAUACACACAAGUCAAAGCAAGUCAUCGUGGGAGGUAAUAACCAGCACCCUCUUGAGGAAACUCAGACGAUAUGAUAAAGACGGACGAGCUUUCUCUUCGUUGGCCAAUCUUGCAGUUGCUCGUGGGGAUAAGAUGUCCUCUUUCUCCAAGACUUCAAAAAGCAUUGAGAACAAAAUCAAAGCAGCCUAUAACUGUGUGAGAUGGAACCCAUUUCCGGUUGAUUUCUGGAUAAGUAAAGACAACAUAAUCCAGGGCAGAACUGGAGCUGCCUCUCUUACCAUCUGUGCCAACUCAAGCAGUGUAGUCGAGUACGCAGACAACGUGCUGGGAAAGACCCGUAGAAUGCUUGAGGCAGGUGCCUAUUUACACCUUUACCUGAACCAUGGGUGUGAACAGGACGAUUUCACUGAAGCCUAUGACACAGUGCAGUGUAUCAUUGACAACUACAGAGAUGCAGUGAAGUGAGUCACUUCCACUCUGUGCGUCUGGUUUCGGUGAUCAUAAUAUGGUCUGGUGAUGACAGAUCACCUGUUCGGUCAUCUAGGGCUUGAUGAAGGGAAACGAGGUGAUGUGGUUCUGAUGGGAAGACCAGUUAACGAGAAGUUUAUGUAAAAUGAGGAAAAGGCGAUAUUUGUGUUGAAGGCUAUGUUAAAAACUGAGCAAUAAGAAUGGGUUGAAAUAUCGCCAUUCUUAUACAAGCAUAACAUUGUUCUCAAAACAGAAUUUACUAUUUUAUUGCUAUUGUGGUACUUACUGUGGAAAUUAACAAAUUAGCUAUUAAUUAUUAUUCAAAUAUUCCUUGCACAAAAAUAAUUUAUUCAUAAAGUGCACUUGGUGAAUAUUAAAAUUUGUAUUGGUGAUGAUAUGUAUCUUCCACACAAAUUCAGAUACAAACAAAAAUAUUGUACUGUAGGUGUGAGGAUGAUAAAUAUAACAACUAUAUAAGUACUAUAUAACAACAAUGUAAUUAUUAUCAUUCUGCCUUAAAAAAUUUAAAUUAAUUUUAGAACUGAUACUUUUUAAAUUGUAUUCAUUUGGUUUUUUAUAGUAAUAUUAAUAAAAUUAUAUUUAAUAACAAUGAUGAUGAUAAAUAAAUGUUUUACAUUAAUAUUAUAAUAUUAUACUGUAGUAUAUUAUGAUAAUAAUGAUGAUAAUAAUGAUGCAUAGUAUUUGAAUAAUACAGAUAUACAUCUCAAUAAAAUGCUUAGGGCAAACUUUUUUUUUUUCAUUUCCAUCUGCAUAAAAACAUAAUGUACAAUGUAACUGUAAGAUGGCCAUCUCGCAAUUUUUUUUUUUUUUUUUUUAAAUUUAUUCAAAAUCAAAAAUGGCAUUAACAUAGUCUGGAUUACUUUUACAGUAUUAAAAUUUAUAAAAUAGUCAAAUAGAUCAAAAAGUGGAAAUACCAUAUGUCCAAUUCCGGUUAGUCAACUCCGUAUAUAUAAUAUAUAAUUGAAGUAUGGAAAAAAAAAUUAGUCAUAUCAUCAGGUCCUUUGAAAUUCACUUUAAAGACAUCAACAUCUUAGGUCAUUGAAAUUACAGACACAGUCAUUGAUUUGUUAUGUCUUUUGAUGCUUUUAGAUACGUCAUCAAGUGAUUGUAGACUACACAAGUGUUCAGACUAAUUGCUUGCUUUACUUGAAGACUCAUCGCAAGCAAUUAGUUUACCUUUAUGACUAAUUUUUAAAUUAAUCAUUGAUAUCUUUAUGUUGUGAUGAAUUUGUGCAAUCAAAUCUGUAAGGAUUAUAUGUAUUUUGACUUGUUAUAAAUAAAACUCUCAUUUGUGUUUUAAUGAA